AUGUCGUCAAUGAUUGCUCCAAUACUGCUGCCAAACACACUGCCAACAUCUCUAGACCGCAGGUUCAAACUCAUUAGGGAACUUGGCCAAGGAGCGUAUGGCACCGUCGUUGCUGCCAAAAACAUCGAAACUUCCCAGGAAGUAGCCAUAAAGAAAGUAACAAAGAUAUUCGAAAAGCCUAUACUAGCCAAACGUGCACUCAGAGAACUGAAGCUUUUGAUACACUUCAACGGACAUGAGAAUAUAACAUCCGUAUUCGAUGUGGACUUGGUAGAUCCUCGAGACUUUAAUGAAAUAUUUAUCGUACAAGAACUCAUGGAAGCAGACCUCCACCAAAUCAUCCGAUCAGAACAACCGCUCACAGACGCACACUUCCAAUACUUCCUCUACCAAAUAUGUCGCGGCUUAAAGUACAUUCAUUCUGCCAAUGUCUUGCAUCGUGAUUUGAAACCUGGCAAUCUACUAGUAAACGCAGAUUGUGAACUUAAAAUAUGCGAUUUCGGAUUAGCUCGAGGAUUUUCAGAUACACCAGUAAACAAUGCUGGAUUCCUGACCGAAUAUGUUGCUACGAGAUGGUACCGUGCUCCUGAAAUCAUGCUGUCGUUUCGAUCGUAUACGAAAGCCAUUGACAUGUGGUCAGUAGGUUGUAUCUUUGCAGAACUUCUAGGCGGAAAACCGCUCUUCAAAGGCCGUGAUUACGUCGACCAACUAAACCAAAUCCUCUCUGUCCUCGGCACGCCGGACGAUGCCACCAUAGAGCGUAUUGGAUCCGCUCGAGCGCAAGUCUACAUCCGCUCACUACCGAAAAUGACAAAGACGUCGUUCACCACUCUGUUUCCAACCGCAUCACCUUUAGCCAUUGAUUUAUUAGAAUCGUUAUUAUCAUUCGACCCUGCUAGACGUAUGACGGUCGAAGAAGCUCUGUCACAUAAAUACCUUGAAAAUUAUCAUGAUGAGAACGAUGAACCACUAUGUAGUGAAAUGUUUGAUUUUGGGUUUGAGCAGCUGGAGAGUAUGGAUGACAUGAGGACUGCUAUCGCCCAAGAAAUAUAUACCUUCAAACAAUCCCAAGCUGCGAGGAGGCUGCAGGCAGCUCAAAAGGAUUACCCAACACCUCUCAACAGGAAUCAGGUCGACUCUGUGCCGCGUGAAUGGGCUGAGCUCCAGCAAGCUGAUGAGAUGAUGGGCAUGGAUUUAGAUCAGGAGUUGUCUCAGAAGCAGUGGACAUAG